AUGAUAUUUUCAACUUUAGAGCAUAUAUUAACUCAUAUAUCGUUUUCGGUCGUAUCAAUUGUAAUUUCAACUCAUUUGAUAACUCUAUUAGUCAAUGAAAUCUUAGGAUUUCAUGAUUCGUCCAAAAAUGGUAUGAUAAUAAGCUUUUUCUGUAUAACGGGAUUGUUAAUUACUCGUUGGAUUUUGUCGGGACAUUUACCAUUUAGUGAUUUAUAUGAAUCAUUAAUCUUUCUUUCCUGGGGUUUUUCUAUUUUGCAUAUAGUUUUUUGUUUUAAAAAGCAUAAAAACGAUUUUAGUGCAAUAAUCGCACCGAGUGUUAUUUUUACCCAAGGCUUUGCUACUUCGGGUGUUUUAACCGAAAUGCAUCAAUCUGCAAUAUUAGUACCCGCUUUACAAUCUCAUUGGUUAAUGAUGCACGUAAGUAUGAUGAUAUUUGGCUAUGCAGCUCUUUUAUGUGGAUCGUUAUUAUCUGUAGGAAUUUUAGUUAUUACAUUUGGAGAAGUCAUACAAAUUUUGGGUAAAAGCAAUAAUUUGUAUUUUUUAAAUGAAUCCUUUUCUUUUGUUGAGAUCCAAUACAUGAAUAGGAAUGAAAGAAACAAUGUUUUACAAAAAACUUUUUUUUCUUCUUCUAGAAAUUAUUACAGGUCUCAGUUUAUUCAACAACUCGAUCGUUGGAGUUAUCGUAUUAUUAGUCUGGGUUUUCUCUUUUUAACGAUAGGUAUUCUGUCAGGAGCAGUAUGGGCUAAUGAGGCAUGGGGAUCAUAUUGGAAUUGGGAUCCCAAGGAAACUUGGGCCUUUAUUACUUGGACCAUAUUUGCGAUUUAUUUACAUACUCGAAAAAAUACGAAAUUAGAAAGUGUAAAUUCUUCAAUAGCGGCCUCUCUGGGCUUUCUUAUAAUUUGGAUAUGUUAUUUAGGAAUCAAUCUAUUAGGUAUAGGAUUACACAGUUAUGGUUCAUUUACAUCUAAUUGA